UUCUCUCUGGCUUGACUCUUUUUUUGCUCAAAGUUCUUCCAUUUCCAUUUCCUCUGUUAAGAAUUGGUGUGGAUUUUGAUGGCUGUGAAGAAGAAGGGAUGUAUCGAAGGCGGUCUGCCAGAGGGAUUGCAGAAGCUGCUGCUUUCUUUAGCUCUGAAAUGGGGAGAUGUGUUAUUAGAUGAUGAUGGUGAUCUUGUAGGUGCCAUAAAGGUGAAACAUUUGAGUGGUGCAAUGACUAAUGAGGUUUAUCAGAUCAGUUGGCCUGCAAAGAUGGAAAGUUUGACCCGGAAAGUUCUUGUUCGGGUUUAUGGCGAAGGGGUUGAUCUUUUCUUUGACAGGGAUGGCGAAAUUCGGACUUUCGAGUGUCUUUCCAGCAAGGGCUAUGGCCCUAAGCUUCUAGGUCAGUUCCCCCAAGGGAGGAUUGAAGAGUUCAUUCAUGCCAGGACGUUAUCAGCUGGCGAUCUGCGAGACCCAAAAGUCUCUAGUCUAAUUGCAGCAAAAUUGAGGGAGUUUCAUGAUCUUGACAUGCCUGGUCCAAAGGAAGUUGUUCUUUGGGACAGACUGAGAAACUGGCUAGAGAAGGCGAAGAGUUUGUGCUCAACAGAAGACAUAAAAGAGUUCGGUUUGGAAGAUUUAGAGGACGAAAUCGGGUUUCUAGAAAACGAGAUAUCGAGGGAGGCAGAAGAAGAAGAUAUUGUUGUCGGUUUCUGUCACAAUGACCUUCAAUACGGGAACAUCAUGAUCGAUGAUGAUGCUAAUUGUGUUACUCUUAUUGACUACGAGUAUGCGAGUUACAACCCCAUUGCAUAUGACUUCGCCAACCACUUCUGCGAAAUGGCAGCUGAUUACCAUACCGAGACUCCUCACGUUUUAGACUACACUAGGUACCCUGGGCAAGAAGAACGCCAUAGAUUCAUACGGUCCUACCUGGGUUCUGCAGGCAACCAUCCAAGGAGGAGUAAUGAGGAAGUUGAGAAGCUCGCCGAUCUUGCAGAGAAGUAUACACUCGCGAACCACUUGUUCUGGGGGUUGUGGGGAAUCAUCUCGGCUUAUGUGAACAACAUCGGGUUCGAUUAUCUGGAGUAUGCAAGACAAAGGUUUCAGCAAUACUCGUUGAGAAAGCCCCAACUCUUGAAAUGAAUCACGGGAUGAGACGAGAUAACAUGAUAUUCGGUCGCGUCUUUUUUUCGUGAUUUUGUCACACUAUGUACUGUAUUCUUUGGCCAUUCCAUAACGGGCUUUCGUCUGUCCACCUUAAAAAUGACGGGUCAUAGUUGUACACAACAACGAAUCCAGUAAAAUUCCAUAAAAAAUGGAGUACAAGUGAUGUAUAUAGCAGUGGUACGAAUAAAUGAGCUUUUGAUGA